AUGUCCAGACCCAACGAACCCACUGAUCCCAACAAGCAAACCAUCGAAUCAGUCUCGCUCCCCCAAAUCCCCAUCCCUUCCCCAUCACAAUUACCAUCUACUCCAUCAUCCUCUUCUUCAUGCCACCCUACAGGUUCUUCUUUCCUAUCAUCCUCGUCACCUCCCUCUCUUCAUCCUCUUCCUCUUCCUUCUCCACCUCCCCUUUCUCUCGCAUCGUUAGAAGUCGUACCCGCAUCAGAAUCACACACAUCCACAACCACAAACGAAGAAAAUCCAAAGAACUCAGAAGCGCCGCACACAGAAGUUACACAAGAUACCCUGACUCCACCAACCCCCCUCUCCCUCACCAUCCCCCUCCUCGCAUUCACCACCCACCAAUUUUCAGCUCCACUCCUCGAUUGCGGAUUUAUAACUUUUACUCUCGAGGAACUAGUCAAUGCUAGUUAUGAUUCUUUGGUGGCGAAGGUGAUUGUUUCUAUCGAGAAGAUUCUUUUGUCGCAAAAUGAUGAGGCGCAGAGACAUGCUGAGUGGGUGGAAUGGAUGGAAGGAUCAACGGGUGGUGGGAUUGGAGAGAGUGAGCUUGAUGAUAUUGGUAGGAUUGGGUUGGGAGAUACUCUCACUCGUGGCCCACUAGGAAAUCUAGGGAGUGGAGUAGGAGAACUGGGCCUAAGAUCUGCACUGAGACGUGAAAAAAUAUACAUCUUCCGCGGUGGAGCUUUGGAGGUUUUUGGUCAAAAGAGGAGCAAGGGAUUGAGGGAUAAGAAAGAUCAGAAGAGGAGGUGGGAGUUUCGGAUUUAUGAGGAUCCCGUUGACGGAAAGCCUGGGGAAUCUGAAAAUGCAGAGAUGAGAGACGCGAGGAUCUUAAGACAGGCUAGGAAAAGGUUGGAAACAGAGCUGGCAAUUGGAAGACCGCCAGUGAGAGAAUGUGUGGGAGAGAAUCAGGAAAAUGAGGAAAUGGCGGUGAGUCGACCGAUACAACGGAAUGAGAAUGUUGGAGAAAUCGAGGACGAGAUAGAUGAGGACAACCCACACCCCCAACAACCCAAAACCGACCCAUCCAACCCCCCCAAUUCCUCACUUCCUCCUCCCACCCAAUCGAGAACCCCCCUCUCCACUCUCUCCCCCCUCCCAAAAAACAAAGAAUACAAUCCCAUCACCAUCUACAUCCACUGGAAACCCGAACCUCUCAUCCCCACCGAAUAUAACGAAAGAACAACUCGUAUGCGUCCUAUCGUCGGCUCUGCCAGCAUAGCUCAUCUCCAUCCUGCGACUCCUGGGGACGAUGAUGGAGGAUGCAUGGUUUUACCUGCGGAGGAUGAAAGAAAGAAGGAAGAAGAAGAAGAAGAAGAAGAACAAGACAUGGAGCAAAUUCGGAAGCAAGAACAAGAGACCAGCCAAGCCCGCGAGAUAAAUCUCACCAUCCUCCACCCCUCCUUCCCCACGCACGAACAGUUCACCGAUCGCUACGGAGCCGGCGACAGCAAUGAGACAGACUCGGAAGGAAUCCGAGAGUUGCUGCGAUUUUUACGAGAGAGAGGAGGGAAAGAUGAAUUAAUUGUGGAGUAUCUUCUUUUGUAG